CCCUCAUCGAAUCUGAGCCAGUUUACGACGGCUGCUGUUGCGUGACACGCAAUUUCUCCUCCGCUUUGUGUCAUGAUUAUUCAAUGCAAAAAUUUCACGAUGUCCUCCGCCACUAUAAGACCCAUCACUGACCCGCCAUUAAUGCAGCACAUAACAUUCAGACUCACAUCCACCUGAUACAGACACUAGUCUUCAUACCCAGUCCGAUCAGACAUUCUCAAAGCAUCUAAACUAGCCACUCUUCCAAAAAUUCCAACUUCUCCACACAUCAACAACCCUCAAAACAUCACAAUGUCAUCCUACCAAAUCACCGAACCGCACCCAUCUGUUCCUGCCAGCAACUACUACCAUGCCGGCAGGGGAGGCGCAGGAAACAUCGCUCGCGUCAACCCCAAGAGCGUCACCGCCGGCCCUGAUGCCACCGGCCCGGCCAGCGUCGUCAAGAUCACUCCUCCACCACAAAACGCCUACUUCAUGAGCGGACGUGGCGGUGCUGGCAACUUGCACCGCGAGAAGGAACGCGCCAUCUUCAGCUUUGACGAGGAGCUUGCCCAGCAACAGCGCCUGAUGGAGCACGCUGCCCCCGUAUACCAUAUCGGCCGUGGCGGCGCCGGCAACGAAGUCCACGACGGCACUGCGCGCACCAACUCAGCCAGCUCGACUUUGAGCGCAGACAGCCAUGCUUCCCGAACCCGCACCAGCAUCGAGGGUGCGUGGCACCGCGUCAGCAAGAACUUCUCGCGAAACUGAGACUUGAGCACCAUUGCUCUUUCCUGACCGCGUUUUCCUUUGGGCUGCAUCUACGGACUUUCUUAUUAUGCAUUGCGAGCUGGUUCUGAUUCUCGCAUUCAAGCAUGGUGUUGGGCGGCUAUCUUGUCUUUCUUCCGAGCUUCGCAUUUCUCGGGAGUCAUCAUCACUCAGUGUAAAACAACAAAAAGUGAUUUCGGUUUCGGUCUCGGUUCCAUUUCAUUUCAGCUAUAACACAACCGGCGAAGGAGUUUCGGGACGGCGAAGCUCCUUUCGUGACGAGGGCUGCAGCGACGAGCUGUUCAUUUUUACAUAUUAUACCACAACCAGCGGGCAGUUAUACCCACAUACCCCGGUGAGGGCUCCAGAUAGACUCUGGAACAUUCUUGUUUUUUUCGGGUUUUGGAGACUUUGGACUCGGAGGAUACUUUGGGAGGUAGCC